AUGUGUCGAAACAUAUUUGUUAUACAACAGAGUCUGACCACUAUUACGAUGAGUCGGGAGGUGGCCCUCGACUACGCGCGUCAGUACUACGAACUCUUCUAUCACACCAUCGAUGAGAUACUGACAACUAUUGUGGAGAAGGGCUCACAGUUUCAGUUGACUGAGUAUAUGACUGCCAUAACGCUUCUACACCGAAGUGGGCCCACAGGUGGAGGGCAACAAUCAUUGGAUGCUUCCCUCAAGAGGCUGACAGAGAUUCUCAAUGAAGUAGCUUGUAAUAUUAUGAUAGACCCGAAAGUGACUAUUUGUAAAUUAGUGACCACUCAAUGUCUAUAUCGGGGUCAGUGCGGGAUAUUCAACGCGACAAAUCCAACUCCAAUGCAAUUUCCAAUACCCUGUGUAGUGGACGGCAAAGUAGUUGACGGCAAACCUAAACCCUUAAACGAAACCAACUCAGAUGUGUUGAGACAAAUUGUACCCGAACUUUUUAAAGGGGAUAAGCCGGUAUUUUGUUGCGACGACGACCAGGCGUCACUUCUGAUGAGCGGACAGAUAGAAAAGGCUGCGUUCACGAGAAGGUGUCCCUCGUGUUACGUUAAUUUUGCCAAAAUACUGAUCCACAUGUCGUGCCAUCCAAAUCACCGGGAGUUCCUCAAAGUGACGGCCACUGCGACCGCUGAAACGGAUCCAAAGAAGCAAAUGCUCACAGAAUUGAGUUAUUAUAUGAGCCGUACGUACGUCGAUAACGCCUACAACUCGUGUGUGUCAGUACAGGCGCCGUCGUUCGGCUCCACAGUUAUAAAGCCGUUGUGCGGUAACUAUGGGGCCGAACACUGUUCGCCCGACCGGUGGGUUGAGUCAAUCGGCACCAAAAACCCGUCACCUUUUCAGAUCAACUUUCACAUAACCACCGAUGAGACUAUCGAUGGACACAAACCAAUGAAUCAAACGCCGUGGUCUUGUAAAGCAGCACCCACUGGGUACUCCAAUCAGCCCUGUAGUUGCGCCGACUGUCCAGCCGUCUGUCCCUUUCAAAAGCAUUCAUAUCCCGAACCGGAUAUUGAAUGGACGUGUCAGAAUAUAUUUGCGAUUCCACUCAACACUCAGAGAACUCUGGAUUCUUUCAAUCUCUCCAUGAAUUUGGUCUCCGAUUCGAUGCCAUUAUUCGCAAGAUUUUCAGAAAAUACGGACAAAUCUGUUGUCGGAAACCAUUUAAUGUGA